CCUGAUUGUGCUGCAUGGGCAGCAAAAAUUCUCGGAAAAGAUCCUCAAAUCCUCGAAAAAGAUUUUGGUAGACGAUUGAUUUCCCAAGCCGUUUAGAGAUCCGAAAACAACAUUUACGCCCAGAAUGCUGUGAACUAGCUAGCUAGCUAGCAUCGCCACAGUGGAGGAAGUAUAAUAUUAUCCGCUGAUUUAGCACCGAUCGGGAGUUGACAACCGAAGAGAGCGCUCUUCCUAGCUUCAGCUUCUCCGUCGCCCACAAUGCGUUGGUCCGGAUGUGCGCGGUCUUGGACCAUAAGUGGGUUGAUUGUGAUUGUCCUGGCCGCAAUAGCAGUCGCCCGGCGUCAUCAUCUGGAAGUUCGGAACGAUUUCCGGCGGUACAUCUUGCUUAGCACAUUUGGGUUCUACGCUGGUGGAGUGUUAGAUGUGCAGGUAUCUAAUUUCCGCGUUGGUGAUGGCAUGGAAAACAAUUUGUUUGGGCUGUCGCUAGACAAAACCAUGUCGGACGCAAUGAACCCAUACCUUGACGCACAUCAGGACAAAUGUAUCCUCACGGAGCCAGUGACUGCGCAGAGCAAUGGACCUAUCGUAUUUUUCAAGAUGGACCUGAAACAAAAUGUCGUUAAUGUGAGCUGCUCGAAUGACUGGCAAAACUUACACCUUUACAAAGACAGCAGCGGAGUGCCAGCUUUACGAUCGAAACGCCAGUCCCUUUUAACUAUGGGCGAUGCAAAGUUUGUCUACAUGCAGCGACGGCGACGUCGAAGCCAACCAGUCGAUAAUUUAGAUCAGGACAUGGUUUCUGGCAAGAGUACUGCAAAAAUUUGCAGUAAAUUAACGCUUCCACUCGAUGUCAAGCAAGGUGACGACACGUUUAAGUAUUACAGUUUUAAGUUCGCUAUCUACGUUGCUACCAAACAAGAGGAAGGACUGUAUAACCUUUACUUCCAUAGUUGCCCAAACUAUGCACCUAGCACACUAUAUGAGUUGAGCUUCAACGUAGACAUCGAGGAACGUAACAGUGGCAACUACCUGUCGGCAGGUGAAAUGCCACUACCAGCGCUUUAUUUUAUGAUGGCUGUGCUGUUCUUCCUGUCUGGUCUAUUUUGGGUAUUUAUUUUACAUAAGAGUAAACAACCUGUUUUCAAGAUACACUACCUUAUGGGUGUGCUAGUGUUCCUGAAAUCCUUAUCACUGCUGUUCCACGCAAUAAACUAUCACUUCAUUGAGGUACAAGGCGAACACGUGGAAGCUUGGGCAAUACUCUUCUACAUCACCUAUUUGCUCAAGGGUGCGGUGCUGAUCAUCACUAUAGUAUUGAUUGGAACUGGCUGGACCUUCAUUAAGCACAUACUAGCUGAUAAGGACAAAAAGCUAUUUAUGAUUAUUAUACCACUGCAAGUACUUGCUAACGUAGCCGAAAUUAUCAUGGCUGAAAGCGAUGAGGGUGACAAGGAGUACGGGACAUGGAGUGACAUUUUUGUCCUAGUCGAUCUGUUAUGCUGUGGUGCAAUCCUUUUCCCAGUGGUGUGGUCAAUUCGCCACCUCCAGGAGGCCGCAGGAACUGAUGGGAAGGCCGCCAUCAAUCUUCGCAAAUUAAAGCUGUUCCGCCAGUUUUAUAUAAUGAUUGUUUGUUACAUCUAUUUCACACGGAUCAUCGUUAUUCUCUUGAAGAUCACAGUUGCCUUCCAAUACGCUUGGCUGGAUGAGAUGUUCAAAGAGAUGGCCACCUACGUGUUCUUUGUUCUGACGGGUUACAAAUUCCGUCCCGUUUCGCAACAUCCUUACUUUUCAGUACACGGUGGCGACGAUUUUGACGAUGAAGACGAUCACGACGAUGAUGGGGAAGUUGAAAUCCUCACACAUUCCGGUUUAAGCGAAGGAAUUGGCAAGGUGACAAAUCGUUCGCAACCACUGUCGGUUUCAGUAACGGCGGCAACGCUAGUCGAUUCGCACGUUGAUGCCGAGGAACGUGAAAAUUUGAUAAGCAAAAGAGAAUCAUCUCACGAGUACGAUUAAAAUGAGUAUGGUUUAGGAAGAAAUGAUUACUGUGAAUAUCUUGCCCUAGCUAAUUUUCCAUUUUGUAUUUGUUUUGAGUUUUCAACGAAAGAAGUUAGGUCAGUGGUAGAAGUAAUGUUCAAGGCAAGCCAGAACCACUGAGCAAGGUAAACAAUGGAAGAUGCGGGGACAAUGUUUGAACAUAACUUCAGUUUGAACUUAGGCUAUUCCGAUAUAAGUUAGAAUAUAUUGUUUUUUCCAGAAAUCCCCUC